AUGUCAUCCACUGGUAGCGAUUCAUCUGAGUCUUCUAACUCUAAAGAUUCAAGUUCAUACGAAGACUCAUCCCAGGAGGAAACUGACGAGUUCAGACCACAGGUGCCUAGGUGGUAUGACGUUUCAAAAGACCCAGUGUAUAGCGACAUGAGUGACCAUUCCAGCGAUAAUGACUCGUAUGAAGAGCGUUCAUCCGAUGAGGAGAAGAAGGUGGAGGAGCUAAGCGAAAAUCUUAGAGACCCGAGUGAAUGGUGUUCUUGUGGCGAAUGUGCAUUGGUUACAAACGCUGGAACGGAAUUAUUUUGUUGUUGUGACAUUGAGCGAGUUGAAGUUAUGAAGAGUGAUCGAAAGUGUAUAACACUGACAGACGAUUUCAAUGAGCUUAUUCUUAAUAAAAAAGUGCUGCACCUUGUAUCGUACUCGGUAAAUAAAAAUGGGUGUAUCAAAGAGGAGAAAACUGAAAAGUUUAACAAAAUGUUGCGAUACACAGGAUAUAAGUCCUUCUUGAACAUCUUGGACUUGAACGGUUUAGGCAAAAACCGACGAUAUGGCCUGCCAGCAUGUGUUGUCAACAAGAUUCGAGAACGAUAUCCUAGUUCAAAGAACGAGUAUACGGGAUUCAAGGCAGCAGUCGAUGUUGGAGAGGGAGGCCAGGGUGGCAGUGAAACUUUGCGAGCUUUUUGA